AUGGAUCUGUUGUUCCUCAGCCGGCGUAUUUUCCUGGGCGAUGGCAGUCCUGACGAUGUCCUGAUCCAUGGCGGAAUUAUUGUGGAUACCGAGGGCAUCAUACGGCGUGUGCUGCGGUCGCCGCAGGAGGUCAACACCUAUCUAUACAACACGGAGUCAGAGGCGGUGUACGACUUUGGAGACUUGGUCCUAAUGCCGGGCCUUAUCGAUCCCAAUGUCCAUAUUAACGAGCCGGGACGAAAGGAUUGGGAGGGAUUUGUGUCGGCCACCAAGGCGGCGGCCGCCGGUGGCUUCACUACCAUCAUUGACAGACCCACCAAUGCCAGCCCCCCCACUGUGAGCGUGACAGGUCUCAAGGCCAAGACGACAACGGCCCGGGGUAAGAUCUAUGUGGAUGUGGGUUUCUGGGGCGGCCUUAUACCCAGCAAUGGCGAUCAAUUGUUGCCCCUAUUGGCCGCCGGUGUUAUGGGUCUACAGUGCACACUGUAUGGCUCAGCGGCGCCCGUCUCUGAGGAAUUUCCCGCCGUUAACGAGGCCCAACUGGAGGAAGCUCUUCUUCGAUUGGCCGAGGAACAGGAUGAGGGAGAAGCGGUAAUAGCGGUGCACGCUGAGUUACCGCCUCCCAUGGAGAUCCAACCAGCAGAGGAUGCAUCUCCUCGGGAGUACACCACCUUCUUGGCCACCCGGCCUCAUGCCAUGGAGGUCACAGCUCUGCAGUUGCUCUGCCGCCUGGCCAGACGACACCCGAAGCGGCGCAUUCAUGUCCUCAACCUGAGCAGCGCCAUGUGUCUGCCGCUGGAGGAGGAGUGCCGCCAGCAGGGCGGCCAGCUGACAAUGGAGACGUGUCCGCACUAUCUGGCUUUGGCCGCCGAGGAAGUACCCGAGUGCGGAACGGAGUUCAAAACAUGGCCACCAGUUCGAGAGCAAGACAAUCAAGAGCGGCUGUGGGCGGCAUUGAGAAUGGGCGGAGCUAUCCGGAUGAUUGGCAGCGAUCAUUCACCGGCAACGCCUGGUGCACGGGCCCUAACCUGUGGCCGGGGGCGUGGUGACUUCCUGAGAGCCUGGCCAGGCAUUAAUACCCUGCAGCUCAGCCUGCCCGUUGUCUGGACGGCAUCCAACCGGAGGGGAUCACCGCUAGGCAUUGCCGAUAUCCAUCGCCUGAUGUGCCUGGAACCCGCUCAGCUUUGCGGCCUGGCCGCCUUCAAAGGACGUAUUGCCGAGGGCUACGAUGCGGACUUCUGCGUGUGGUGCCCGGAGGAAGAGUUCACUGCCGGUCCAGAGCAGCUUUUUACCGCCACCAAGGCCACACCGUAUGCGGGCCGCCGGCUGAGGGGCGUUGUCCAUGCGACGGUGGUCCGUGGGCUGCAUGUCUAUCAGCAGUUCGAGGGCUUUGGCCAGCCGCUGGGCAAGGUGCUGCUCCGGAAGAGCAGCCGCAAGCUGGUCAAGUUCGUGCGCAUGUGAGGGUAAACUUUGUUAAUUAAAAUCAUUAAGAGAUUUUGGGGCUGUGCUCGUUGAUAUUCCGUUUCGAUACCUCAA